GUUGCGGGGGUGGACACUCAAUAUUUAAAACUUCGUGGGAUCGUGGGUCGUCCUAAGGGCUUCAAUUGCGAGAGUUAUUGUUGUUACCGUUGUCUGUUCGAGCCCAUGCGCGAACUGAUGCAGCAGCCAUGCUCCGCCACAGACGGGUCGAACCAGAUAACUAUGUGCUGGAGGACAUCACCCGAGAUGUUGUAACGACCGAUAUCAGGAUAAAAGCACAGAUUCAGGCGAUCCAGAGCUGCGACACGUCGCUGGAGGACCUGGAGCCGCUGAAUGAGGCAGUGCGGGCCGAUCUGGCAAGCCAGCGCCGGCUGGUGGAGCGCCUGGAGGCGGCCGCCAGUCAGCCGGGCCGCGAGCACGAGCGGGCGCAGCUACAACAGCAGGCCGACACGUACGGCCAGCAGCUGACCGGUCAGCUGCUGCAGCUGCGCCGGGCCAACGUGACUGCGCAGCUCAACAUCGAGAAGCGCAACACGACCGAGCUGUUCGGCCGCCGCCCGGACUCGGCGCAGGCGCGGCAGCGGCUGGGUCGCGAGCAGCUCAGCAAGAUGUCGUCCCAGGUCACAGACAACCUCAUGUCCAUCAACCGCAAGCUGGCCGAGCAGGUGGAGCGCAGCAAGGGCACCCUGGACGUCCUCGUGAACUCGUCCGACAAGGUGGGCGAGACGCACGACGAGCUGAAGAACGUCGGCGGCGCGAUCGGCCAGUCGCGCAAGCUGCUCAACAAGUACGGCCGGCGCGAGCUCACCGACACCACCCUCUUCAUCCUGGCCUUCGCCUUCUUCUUCGCCUGCGUCCUGUACGUGGUGAAGAAGCGACUGUGGGGCUGGUGACGCCACCCCUCUGUGAUACGCCAUUCCGGCAGGAA